CGUAUAGGUGACCGCCUUCCCAAACCCUUAAAUAUGCAGAGCCUUGGGACACUUUCCCCAACUACUUCGUAUCCUUGUCCCCCCCUUGCAUUUGGUUUUUUCGUUCCUUACUGAUCUAGUUCGCGCGUCAUGUCAAUUUAUUCGAAUUGUUCAAUGGGAUCCGACUCGGAGAGGGUACAGCCAUCUGGCACCCACAAGAUUCACUACAACGCUCUAAGCGACUAUGAUUUUAUGCUCAAGACAUCAAAGCCCAUCGAUAUCUCUCUGGCGCUACCACACUAUCGUGCGCGUAAUCAGCCAGUAGAUCAUCGUUUGGCCAUGUUUAUCAGUACCGAGACGUCACCGAUCAAGCUCAAAGUUUGCCGUGCCAUACCUCGUUGCAAGUUUUUCCUUGAUAUCCGAACCACCGCUUCCAACGUGACCGUUUGGUUGCCCUCGGAUUUUCGAGGUCACAUUCGUUGCUCGGGCACGCCAUCUUUCUCAGCUGGUUUUGUCAACCGCAUGAUUGCAAAUGUCCGCGUGAAUGAAGCAAUGUCAAUGGAUGACAAUUGGGAUUGUGACGAAGUAUGGGUCGAUACCUGCGGCCUGGUGACGUUCAGGAUGUGGGAUGUUCACACAAACGCUCCAGAAAGCCAGCCCAAAGAAACGUUGAAACGCAUUUUUUGUUCGACUUCUAAGAAAUUACCGGAGAGGAAUUUUAAUUGGGAUUUUCUUCUUGAGGAUUGAGAGUUGGGUUGUGUUGAUUAUUUCGUCGCUCUUUUCGCUUUCUGACUUCAUUCGAACCCUACACACUUCUUACACGCUGACUGUUAAUGGAUUGGUCUUUAGGUUACCACUCUUU